AUGAAGAGCAGCAAUCCCAACAGUAACAGCAUGGAGGGCCAGAAGUCCACGCGCUUGGACGCGGCUGCCACCAUGGACCCUCCUACGACAGGUUCGGGACUCCGGCGCCGCAUUCGGCCCGAGAUCCAGCUACCCGCGCCGCACGUGAACGACAAGCCGGAUGUCAAGCUCGGCGUAUUACUUUUGCAACUAGGAGGUCCGGAGCGAAUGGAGGACGUGGAGGGCUUCCUGUAUAACUUGUUCGCGGACCCGGACAUCAUUCGCCUUCCCGGCCUGAUCAGUGGCCUGCAGAAGCCCUUGGCAUACGUCAUCUCCAAACGCCGCGCCCCAAAGUCCAAGGCGGCCUACGAGUCUAUCGGCGGCGGUUCUCCCAUCGUGCGUUACACGCAAGCACAGGCGGAAGGCGUGGAGCGCGUCCUCCAGGAGAUGGGGCUCGACGCGAAGUGCUACGUGGCCAUGCGGUACUGGCACCCCUUCACGGACGAGGCGAUGGAACAAAUGAUUAAGGAUGGCGUUAAUAGCCUAGUGAUUGUGCCGCUCUAUCCGCAAUUUUCCAUCUCCACGAGUGGGAGCUCGUUGCGGGUGUUGCAGGACUUGUUUUUCAAGGACUCCCCGCGCUGGAACCAAGUCAGCCACACGGUGGUGCCAGCCUGGUACGACCGUCCGGGCUAUGUACAGGCCAUGGGCCGCCUUAUUUCCAAGGAACUUGCGCAGUUCACCCAGGAGCAGCGGGCAGAGGGCGGUCUGCACGUGCUCUUCUCGGCCCACGGGGUCCCUCAGCGGUACAUUGAGAUGGGGGACCCGUACCAGCAGCAGAUUCAACAGUGCGUGGAUUUGAUCGCGCAAGAGUACGCGGCGCCGGAUGUGACGACGCACCUCUCGUACCAGAGUCGAGUUGGCCCUAUCGAGUGGCUGAGGCCCUACACGGACGACACGCUAGAGGAGCUGGGGGCGGCGGGGGUGAAGAACCUGGUGGUGGUGCCGAUCAGCUUCGUCUCGGAGCAUAUCGAGACGCUGGAGGAGAUCGACAUCGAGUACCGGGAGUUAGCGCACGAGAAUGGGAUCACAAACUGGCGGCGCGUGCCGGCGUUGAACACGGAGCCUGGCUUCAUCGAGGACUUGGCGCACAUGGUGGUCGAGGCCCUUCAGGAGCCCGCCAUCUCGGUGACAGAGGCCUGCGCUCUGAACAACCUGGACAUCAUGCCCAUGGGUGGAGACAAGGACGGGGGCGAGGAUGGCAAGGGCUUGGAUGGGAGACUAGCGGUCCUGGGUCUGGCGUCGGGGGUGGUGCUGGACUUGUUCAGUGGCCGGGGUGGUCUCGCCCAUCUACUGCACUGA